AUGGAAAAAACAACAACAAAUUUUGCAAAACCAAAAAGCAUGACAUCAGCCUAUGCUUUUUUCAUGAAAGCUGCAAGAGAAGAAUUAAAGAAAAGUUCUUCUAGCAUGUCUUACUCAGAGUUUACUAAGCAUGUUUCGGAAAAAUGGAAAAAUCUAUCUGACGAAGAUAUGAAAACGUAUGAGGACAUGGCAUCUAGGGAUUCGAUUAGAUACCAGGAAGAGAUGGCCAACUAUGCACUGUCCGAUGGUGAGAAAGUGAGAGAAAUCGAAUCAAGAGAUGACAACAAGCCGAAG